GGUGGAACCAACAUGUGGUGAAGUGCAAGAGCUGACAGGAACCAUUCACUGCAGAAACACAUGAUGUUUAGAUCAGAGCUCAAACUAGUUUCAGUUCUCAGAAAGUGAAACUCAGACAGUCAUUGUCACUGAGAGGAGAAAUGGCGCAGAAAGGAGUUCAGCUGGACCAGGAAACCUUCUCCUGUUCGAUCUGUCUGGAUCUACUGAAGGAUCCAGUGGCUAUUCCCUGUGGACACAGCUACUGUAUGAACUGUAUUAAAACCCACUGGGAUGAGGAAGAUCAGAAGAAAAUCCACAGCUGCCCUCAGUGUAGACAGACCUUCACACCGAGGCCUGUCCUGAUGAAAAACACCAUGUUAGCAGUUUUAGUGGAGGAGCUGAAGAAGACUGGACUCCAAGCUGCUCCUGCUGAUCACUGCUAUGCUGGACCUGAAGAUGUGGCCUGUGAUUUCUGCACUGGAAGGAAACUGAAAGCUGUCAAGUCUUGUUUGGUUUGUCUGGUCUCUUACUGUGAGAAACACCUGCAGCCUCAUUAUGAUAAACCUCAAUUAAAGAAACACAAGCUGGUGGACCCCUCCAAGAAGCUCCAGGAGAACACCUGCUCUCGUCACGAUGAGGUGAUGAAGAUGUUCUGUCGUACUGAUCAGCAGUGUAUCUGUUAUCUCUGCUCUGUGGAUGAACAUAAAGGCCACGACACAGUCUCAGCUGCAGCAGAAAGGACUGAGAGGCAGAGAGAGCUGGAGCUGAGUCGACUAAAAAUCCAGCAGAGAAUCCAGGACAGAGAGAAAGAUGUGAAGGAGCUUCAACAGGAGGUGGAGGCUAUCAAUCGCUCUGCUGAUAAAACAGUGGAGGACAGUGAGAAGAUGUUCACUGAGCUGAUCCGUCUGAUGGAGAAAAGAAGGUCUGAUGUGAAGCAGCAGAUCAGAUCCCAGCAGAAAACUGAAGUGAGUCGAGUCAAAGAGCUUCAGGAGAAGCUGCAGCAGGAGAUCACUGAGCUGAAGAGGAAAGAUGCUGAGCUGAAGCAGCUCUCACACACAGAGGAUCACAACCAGUUUCUACACAACUACCCCUCACUGUCACAACUCAGUGAAUCUACAGACUCAUCCAGCAUCAAGAUCCGUCCUCUGAGGUACUUUGAGGAUGUGACAGCAGCUGUGUCAGAGCUCAGAGAUAAACUACAGGACAUUCUGACAGAGAAAUGGACAAACAUCUCACUGACACUGACUGAAGUGGAUGUUUUACUGUCACAACCAGAGCCCAAGACCAGAGCUGAGUUCUUAAGAUAUUCACAGGAAAUCACACUGGAUCCAAACACUGCAAACACAUGGCUGUUAUUAUCUGAGGGAAACAGAAGAGCAACAAGAAUGAGUCCACAACAGUCUUAUUCUAAUCACCCAGACAGAUUCACUUAUUGGUGGCAGGUCCUGAGUAGAGAGAGUCUGACUGGACGUUGUUACUGGGAGGUGGAGUGGAGAGGAGAAGGAGUUUAUGUAGCAGUCGCAUACAAGAAUAUCAACAGAGCAGGGAGUUUGAAUGAAUGUGGAUUUGGAUACAAUGAUAAAUCUUGGGCGUUAAAUUGUGACAAACAAAUCUAUAAAUUCUGGUUCAACAGUGUCCAAACUCCAGUCUCAGGUCCUCUGUCCUCCAGAGUAGGAGUGUACCUGGAUCACAGAGCAGGUAUUCUGUCCUUCUACAGCGUCUCUGAAACCAUGACUCUCCUCCACAGAGUCCAGACCACAUUCACUCAGCCUCUCUAUGCUGGACUCUGGUUUGGCUGGUCUGAUGGAGCCACUGCUGAGUUCUGUAAACUCAAAUAGAGAGAAGUCAUUUAAAAUCUGUAUUUUAGUUGAUCAGUUUUUUUGUCUCCCAAUCUGUCAUUACAUUUACAUUUCUGUACUUGUCAGACUAAAUGUUUUUGUUUUACUGAUUAAAUGUGUGAACAAACUGAAGGGUUACAUAAUUAGUACAGUUGUUUUCAAGAAGUCAGAGAAAUUCUAACCUUUGACCUCAAAUCUCAAAUUCUGUUUCCAACCUGAAAGCUGAUGUAAAUGAUAUUUGUAAACUGUAAACUCUUCUUUUCCAUCUUUCCCAUGAGCCCUGAAUGCAGCAUCAGUGUUACAGGCUGUGACUCCUGUGAACAAACUGACACAGUGUGAUAUUACAUAUAUUUAAAUCUGUCUUUACUGAUGUUGUUUGAAGCUGCCGAAGGCUGAGUGAAGUUUUUACUCGUCUUCCAUCACAAGAGGGCGCCUUCAUCCUGACCAGGGAUGUGGAGGAGGUUAAAUCACCUCCGCUCAUUUGUUCUCAUAGUUUAGAUCAUGAUGUACCAGAUCAGAAACUCUCUGACACUGGUCAAAUAAAGUUGAAUAAGAACUGAAAAUUAAACUGUGAUCCCUAUUGUUGCAAAUGCUCAAGUGUCUCUUAGUAAAUGAAUUAAUGUAUUUUAUUUUGGUGAUCAUUUUCAAAAUUAACUGCAACUCUUGCUUACAGUGUAGAGUCAAAAUAUAUUUCUUUUUUGCAGUUACUCCAUGAAUCUCCCCAGCUUCUCAGGUGGUCCUGCACAGGUUUAUUUACUGUUUUCAAGGUCAGAAGAAAACAUUUUGAAGCUGUGUUCAGUUUUUGUUCACCAAAUAUUACUGUAUUUAGCCCAAUUUACCAAAAUCUUUCAAGAUGAUUCUGUAUUUUACUAAAUUAAAUUUGGGAUAUUAUGUAUCCCUCUAUAAUGUAAUGUUCCUCUUAUUCUGCUUUUUAUUUUAUUUUUAUUUUUUAUUUCUAUACUUAAAUCCCAUUGUGUUUGUAAACUGCCUUGUGUUUUUGUCCUAGCACUUUUCUGUGGUCUUGUGUUGGAGUACUUUGAUUUGCCAUGUUGCUGAAAGGCGCUAGACACAAAACUUGUCACGAAUCAAAUAAAAAGAAAUCACCUCCAGCCCC